CAGAUUAAGCCAACAGAAAAAUUUUUAACGAGGCUUGAAGAAGAUUGGAGGCACUCCGCGUGUGAUAUACAAGGACUGACAAUGGCAUUAAGUCAGCAUAUAAUGACUGAGAGCCACGGCAAAAAGAGAGAGUAGAUCUAUUCCAGGGCCAUCUCCUUAGUAUAGAGACGGCCAAGGGACAUUGUUCUACCUGACUAUUUUCUCCAAGUGCUUUCCUGUGCAUGGGCAGAAGCACUGAAGAAACCCUUAGGUAGAUGACAGCCCAACACCAGAGAAGAGCAGAGUGGACACCCUUCUGGGGGGGACAAAAGAAUGAUUUCUCAUCUGCAUGAAGGGGUCCCUGAGGUCAAGGUGACAUUUCCUGGCAUCCAGAGGUCCACAGCUGCUUGGCCCACAUGACAGCUGACUCCUCAGAAUGCUGAGAUCUGGGCAUAGGCAAGCUGGUGGGACAGCGAGGGUACCAGGGACGUGGUCUAUUGCAGUCGGAAUCAACACCAUUUCCCUGAGCUGGGUGCCUGCCCCCCGGCUCCACAUGCCUCAUCCCCACACUUAAUAAUGGCUGGUGCAAAGGAAGAGACUGGGUAUCAGGAGGCAGCACUUUCAUGGCCAAGCACAAGGAUCAGCCUGGGCUACUGCGCAUUCAUGCAAACCCUGAACUCUUCAACCCAGGGAAAGAGACCCUCAGGGAAAAAGUGGGAAAUGAUCUACGGCUUUAAGGGAUUUUACAGCCUGGCUCCUGCAGAUGGCAGAGGACUAACAAAAAGUUCCAAAACUGUGGUUCUGAUUUGUCAAUGUUGGUCCUCUUUGUGUCUAACCUACCCUUCACGGACUGGCCACAUGUGAGCUCUUUCUCCAGGGAAUCACCCCCUCUCUGCUCUCAGCGUUUAGAGCCUUAUAUCUGUACUCUUACCCCAGGCACUUACCACUUUCCAAGCUACACAGCACUUAUUUUUAUGGGUCUUAUCAUUCCUAUCAGUCUAGUCUGUGUGUUCCCGAAGGGCAGGGCUUGUGUUUGUUUACAUUCACUCCCCAAGACUUUCAUCUUACAUGGAUUGUGGGUAGUCAAUAAAAUUGUGUCAAAAUAAAGCAGAAGCCUUCCUCAGGGCUGAGUUCACCCUGAGAGAAACCACAAGGUAUCUAAUUCCCCGCUAUACCCAGGAGCAAGAUGGACACCUCUGUUCUAGCCUGAAGCUGUGUUUCUACAGGAGUGUAAAGGUCAUGUGGUCCAACUCUAGCAUUCAGAGACCGGAAGACUGAAACCCAAGCACUGCGCUGGGGACAGUAGGUGUUGAUAGCUUUAUUGCCAAGGAGCUGAGGUUCCAGCAGGAGAAAUCACUUUGCUCAAGUCUGAUAGAUGGAAGGUGACAGAGCUGGGUUUAACCUAGAUCUGCCUGACACGGAAGACCAUUUUCUGUUGUGAAGGAACCCCCAGCUCCAGCCCCUAAAGAUCCAGUUGCCCUGCUGCUGGGCCUGGAAGGAUUGAGGCAUCGAGGUUGGUGGUAACUGACUCUGGUACAUUUGCAGGCUCAGUGGCUGGAGAAGUUGUUGUCAGCCUCCUCACAGAAGUCUAUCGAGAAGGUACUAGAUUGUCACACAGUGCCUUUGUCCAGAAGGCACAGCGUUUUCUAAUGAGGAAUUUGUGUUGGCCACACCCGUGGGAGCGAGGGAGGUGGAGGCCUCCAGCCUGCUGCCUGAGGGGACAAGUCAGGGGGAAACAGGAAAGCUGUGCCCUGGUAGCAUUCAGGGUAACGGAUGAGGAACUCCUCGAGGGCUCAAUCUCACCAGGCUGGCGUGGGCAGUGGAACACUCAGACCAGUAAACUGUUUAGAUUCAAAUUCCAGUUCUGCCCAUUACUGCUUGUGAGACCCUGGGCAGUUUUGUUCUUGUACUUUUCUGAGCCUCAUUGGCUUUGUUGGUUAUGUGAAGGAGACACCAGCAAUUUCUUGCUGAGUGUGAUGAAGGUGUGCAGAUGUGGAGGAGCUGGUGCACAGUAGCUACUCAGUACAUGGUGGUGUCCUGUGAGGUUUUGUGAACACAUCCUGGGUUCCUAGAUUCAUGAGGCGAUAAAAGUCUACAGCUACACAGAACUCCCAGACAAUGGUGUCAGAUGGCUCUGGACUAACAAGAGAAAAAGAAGUCACCAGAUUUAGAGUCCGUUGAGAGGGACUGUGGCUCAGAAACAGUUAAGGGGAAGAUAAUCUGCUUCUAGUUAGGGAACAGUGAGGGGAAGAAUUGAUAGAUGUUGGGAGCCGCAGCCCCGAGCCCGGUCGCCUCACUUGGCGGACGUGAGGCCUGUAGUAAAGAGUGAGGCCUGAGGUAGAUUACCCCUCCCAUCGAAUAUGUUAGUUUCCUGCUUACCGCGUAAACAACCCGCUCAACAAUAUAGUCUGCCUGGCAACUGAUGAUGUUAGCCAAUCAGCUUGCCUUGCUUACUUUAACAUGAUUGGACACUGUACCCGUAUAUAUACCGGUGCCACCCCUGGGCGGAAGAAGAAGCCAGAUAGAAGCCCGGAAGUAGAAGCCCAAAAGGAGCCGCGGAGAGCGGACCGGUAGAGGCUUUGGGGCAGACUGAAGCACAAAAGGAGCCGCGGGGAGCGGACCAGAGGAGGCUUCAGCUGGGAGAACCCAGGGCAGGCUGUACGGAGAAGGAAAAUAAAAAGAAAAGGUUGUCCACUACCAGACUUUGUCGUGUGUCCUUCCUGCCGGCCGGGAGCGGACAUCGACAUUUGGAGGCCCGCCCGGGGACUGAUCACCCCCGAGACGUGGAAGUGGACAACGCUCCAGUACAGAGCUGCGAGACAGGUGAGUUGGGGAUAAGCCUGGGCUCUGGGUGGCGCGCACCUACAGGGCUUUUAGACUCCCCUCAGGCUCACGCGUAAGUGGCGGAUUCCUUGGGCCUCACGCGGUGAGUAACAUAUUAAAAAAUGGGAAACAUGCUAGGUAGCGGCACUAAGAGCGAGGGUGGUUGUGGAGAAAGCUCUCAAGAGCUUACAAAAGUACGCAGGGUAUCUGAGCAGGCCCAGUCAGGGAGCUCCCGAGAGGUGUCUGUCAAGGGGAACAAGGAUGCUAAGGAGGAGGACGGGGCUCUAGCCUCGGAGUCGUCUGACUCCGAGGACGAGGGAAAGUUGAAUGGCAGGGAGGCCAAAGAGACCAGCUGUCAGGAGCCUAAGUCGCUCAAUAAGGAGUCGCAGGGUUCUUUUCCAGCGUCACGCCGCGAAUUGCGCUCUGCUCAACCUGGUCUGCGGAGGAGUAGAGAGCUCCUGAGUGCGCCCCGGCGCGAGAGGGAGGCGGUCCCUCGCCACGAGGCGGCCGCCUGGGAGCUCCCUCCCCUUUCGCCAGAACAGGAAGUGAUGCACGGGCCCCCAUUUUCCGCCCAAUCACGGCCGCCGUCUUAUGCUCCGCCGCCGGCGGGUCGGUAUUUUUACAGGCGGCUUUGGCAGGGGGGACGCUUGUCUCAUGAGGUACAUCCACCUGGGAUAGAUAGUGGCCCCUACGAGAUAUUUCCUGUACAAGUAGCUAUGGGCCAGGGACGCAAUGUAUGGGAGCCUUUUGAGAUAAAGCAGAUUAGAGAACUUAAAAAUGCAGUUACAACCUUUGGGCCGACUGCGCCUUACACCAUUGCCAUGCUGGAGAAUCUGUCUUCUGGGCCCCUCACCCCCGCGGACUGGAUUCAGCUGGCAAAGGCGUGUCUGCCCUCGGGCAGUUACCUGGAUUGGCGAGCCUGGUACGCAGAGUUCUCUGCAGAGCAGGCUGAGAGAAACGCCAAUCGGGGAAACCGGGGGUGGAACAAAGAAAUGCUUAUGGGAGAAGGUCGGCACGCUGAUGACCAGACCCAGUUCCCCGGCGCUGUCUAUGAACAAAUCAAUGCCAUAGGGCUCCGCGCCUGGAAACAGGUAAGUGGUGCCGGAACUGCCUCCUUGUGUCUUUCAAAAAUAAUUCAGGGUACCACAGAGCCAUUUGUUGACUUUGUGGCCCGAAUGCAAGAUGCUGCCGAUAAGAUAUUUCCUGAUCCGGGAGUGGCUCAACCGCUGGUAAGACAGCUGAUUUUUGAGCAAUGUACAAAGGAGUGCAAGGCAGCGAUAGCUCCUCAUAAGAACAAGGACCUCAACGCCUGGAUUAGGAUAUGCAGAGAGAUAGGGGGGCCGCUCUCCAACUCGGGAGUGGCUGCUCUCCUGGCCGCGGCUGUACAGCAGAGGGGACCUCGCGGGUUAGAAGGGGAAUGUAAGGCUAAAGGGUGUUUUGCCUGCGGGGAGCCAGGACACAUUAAACGUCAUUGCCCAAACAAUGCAGAUGCUAGGCCUCGCCCUAGGAAUGAAGAACCAUAUGUUUGUGGGCGAUGCAAAAAGGGAUCACACAAAGCUGAGGAGUGUGGGUCGGUCUUUGAUGCUCAGGGCAACCGUAUUUGUGGACAAGAUGCUAGAGAGCCAAAAAACGGCCAGAGGGGGCCCCCUUCACAGGCGGGCCCCCGCCCCAGAGACAGGACAGCUCAGGGUGGCAGCCUUCAACAAGGGCCACCCCUGGGUCAGCAGGUGUGGACCUCAGUGUCGCCUCCAGACUUAUACAGAAGAUCACCAUUAGGACGGAUGGCGUUAGGACCCUAAAUGACAUGCAAAAGCUAUUGGGAGACAUUAAUUGGAUUAGGCCAUAUUUACAUAUACCAAAUUCAGAUCUCAAACCCCUGUUCGACCUUCUGAAGGGAGACCCAGAUAUAGCCUCCCACAGGAGGCUCACUCCUGAGGCAAGAGCUGCCUUACAGAGAGUGGAAAAAGCCUUAGGUGGGGCUACCUUACACAGAAUUGAACCAGGGCGACCCUUUGAUGUCUGUUUGCUACAGACUAGUCUACAGCCCACAGCGGUGAUUUGGCAGAAAGGACCAUUACUGUGGAUACACCCUAAGGUCUCACCUGCAAAAGUCAUAGAGCAUUACCCGGAGGCAGUCGCUUCAUUGGCCCUUGAAGCGCAUGAUACAGCUGUCCAACAUUUUGGCUCAGGACCACAAGCCAUCCGAGUACCCUAUACCGCCAGCCAGAUCAAGACCCUGGCUGCCUGCAUAGAUACCUGGGCCAUUCUGAGAUGUGUUUUCCAUGGGGAUAUAAACAAUCAAUACCCUAAAGACCCUAUCUUGUCAUUUGUCACUCAGCACCCUAUAAUUUUUCCAAAGGUUACUGCCUCUGAGCCAUUAGUCCCAGCAACUACAAUAUACACAGAUGGCUCCAAGACGGGGAUAGGCGCCUAUGUGAUCCUAGGCAAGCCCCCGGUUACCAUACAAUUUAAACCAGAUCAGCCUCAGGUGGUAGAACUGCAGAUCGUUAAAAUGAUUCUUGAACGGUUCUCAGAAGCCAUUAACAUUGUCUCCGAUUCUAGAUAUGUGGUCAAUGCUAUGCAAGUGCUUGAGACUGCCAGUUUAAUUAGAUCCACUUCCACAGUGGCUGGACUGUUCCUGUCUAUCCAGACAUUGCUUCAGAACAGACACCAUAAGGUCUUCACCACUCACAUAAGAGCACAUACAUCCCUGCCAGGGCCUAUGGCACAGGGGAAUGCGGCUGCUGACACUGCCACUCGCCCGUUAUGGAUUUUUACCUUACUAACACCAAUCGAGCGAGCCCGUGCCUUCCAUGAUAAAUUUCAUGUUAAUGCCAGGACACUAGCAAACCAUUUCCAUGUUUCUAGAGCAGAUGCACGAGAUAUCGUGCGACUAUGUGACUCCUGUGCCACAUACAAACCUGCCAUACCGAUGGGAGUAAACCCUCGAGGUUUGAUCCCUGGUGAUGUUUGGCAGAUGGACAUCACACAUAUACAGGAGUUUGGGACUCUUAAAUAUGUUCAUGUUUCCACAGACACCUGUUCUCGCGUCAUAUUUGCAACAGCAGAAACAGGUGAAAAAGUGUCUAAUGUGAUCAAUCAUUGCCUGGCAGCUUGGGCCGCAUGGGGCAAACCAAAAAUAUUAAAAACUGAUAAUGGACCAGCCUAUAUAGGCAAAGCUUUCAAUGAGUUCUGCAAAAUGAUGGAGGUUCAAUUAAAACAUGGUAUCCCAUACAAUCCCCAAGGUCAAGGAAUCAUUGAGAGGGCUCAUAGAAGCCUCAAAGAAAUUUUACAAAAACAAAAAGGGGGAGUAGGCCAAGGCCUGGCCCCAAAGGCACGAUUAUCCAUGGCACUAUUCACACACAAUUUUUUAAAUUUAAAUAAUGAUAAUCGCUCCCCAGCUGUGGAGCACUGCAACCCUUCCCCCAACCAUAAAGGGUGGGUGAAGUGGAAAGAUGUCCUGACAGGACAAUGGAUGGGCCCGGAUCCGGUAAUCAGCUGGAACCGAGGCGCGGUUUGUGUUUUCCCACAGGAAUCGGGACGAGAACCACUGUGGAUACCGGAGAGACUGACACGGACAACAAAGCCCUCGACUAAAGAUCAGACCUGCCCUACUGGAGAUCCAUCACAGACCAACCAACAAGAUGAAUAGAAA